ACAAAAUACUCACACCAAAAUUUUCAUAAUUUCUUUUCUUCUUAAUUGUACUCAAUUAAUUUUAUGUUUUCUUGUUUAUUUGUGCACAAUUUUGUAAUUCUAAGCUCUAAUCGAUUAAGUUAUAAGUUUUGCAAUGUCUUCAUCACCACCUCCAUCUGAAAAAAAGCACUCUCCGCUAUCGAAAAGCACUUCCAAUGAACGAACUACAUCUACAUCGCUUUCUUCUACCCUAAUCGAUGAUCCAGCCUCGCAAGUAGACGCUCGUUAUGAAUGUCCAAUUUGUAUUCACUGGCUCAAUGAACCGGUCCUAACAACGUGUGGCCACAGAUUCUGCAAAUCCUGCAUCCACUCGUGGCUACAAAACGAAAACCAAUGCUGUCCCCUUGAUAAUAAACACCUAUCCACUGAGCAUGAUGUUUUCCCAGACAACUUUACCCGCCGAGAGAUCGAUCAGAUUAAAUGGAAAUGUCCGAAUAGUCCUCUCGGUUGUGAGUGGAUUUCUUCACCUCUUGAAGUGGACAAACAUCUGCUUGAGUGCUCCUAUCAGCUGCCCUCGCCGGUCGAAAAGAGAUGUCCCUUCAUUUCUGUCAAUUGUCAAUUUCUUGCUUCCGAUGAUGGAAUCGAUGUGUCGGAGCAUAUUCGCCGAGACAUGGAACAUCAUAUGAAUCUUCUUCUGGAAGCAAUGCAAAAGCAUUCCCUGGCCCAGUGGAAUCCACCGCAAAAAACUUUCAACAAUGGACACUUGGCCUCUGCCUUGCCACCGCCGCCAGCACAGUACGCAAACGAAGCCGAUGAAAACCUCAUCACUGCUAUGUACCAGAGGAUUGUGGUUCUAGAACAACGAUGCCGUGAGCAGGACGUUAAGAUUGAAAAUCUCACCAAGCAAGUAGUGGCUCGAGAAAAAUGCGACAACUCUGUCGAUCCACGACACAGCAACGGAGUUAUUGUCUGGCAAAUCUCUAACUUCACUUCCCUGGUGGAACAAAUGCAAGCGAAUCCAAACAUGCGAUUCUAUAGCGGCGAAUGCUUCACAUCGCCACACGGCUACAAAUUCUGUGCUCGCAUAAAUGCCCACCGCAGGGAACAUCUCAGCUUGCACGUCCAUCUAAUGCAUUCCGAGAAUGAUUAUCAUCUUGAUUGGCCAUUUAAUGGACGUCUUAAAUUCUGCAUGGUCCAUCCGAAGAACCAAAAAGAGUCGCAACACGACACGAUUAUGUCGAAGUCCGACUUCCUGGCAUUCCAUCAGCCAAAGGAGCGUAUCAGCCCUCGGGGCUUUGGAUUUCUGGAGUACGCUCAUAUCACAGAAAUAUUCCGCAAGGGAUUCAUUGAAAAUGAUAGACUGGUCAUUAAGAUACAAAUAAAUAUUGUUUAAGGAACUUAAAUGCAUCGAGCGAAGCAUUAAGCCAAAUUUUCUAAGCAGGUAUUUUUUUUUUUGAAAAUGAAAUAUUUAUUGUAUUUGUUUAUAAAUUGUUUUUUAAUCUUUUUGAGAAUUUAAUGAAAAAUAUGUCCUUAUUUUGUAUACAUCCAAAACUUGAUGUGUGGCAAUAGAAGAGAGUUGUUCGAGGAAGGUGCACAUAUUUUUACACUUUUAAAUUAAAAAUAGAAAAAUUACUGGCAUGCAUUUAAAUGUGUUAAAAACCCCCCUUCACAGUCAAAAUUGUAUUUAAACGCGUAAAUAGCACGUUUUUAAUUCUAGUGUCUGCUCAGAAAAGAGUUAAAUUUGUGAAACUGAAAGGUUUUAUGAAAGGCAUACACUGAAACGAUUGAGUCAUACCAAAACAAUGUAAACGGCUUUAAUAAAGCUUGCGACCACCUUGAAGAGAUGACGCAUCAAAAGAAAACAGCAGCGAUACAAAUUUUAGAAUAGGAACUUCAUCAUCGACGGCGUUAAGUUUUCGUGAAAGUGGAAGUUAUUUGUCGAUAGCUUCAUAUUAGGCGAACUAACUAAGGACAGUACUAGACAUUUUUAAACAAUCAUCUAUUAUUAAAAGACUGGUAUACAAUAUAAACAAAUUUUAAAAUGUUUCUUAAACAGGCAUUAUAGUAUAUUUACUAAAAUUAAAUACAGUUUUCAAAAAGCAUACAAUUAAGUUCAAAAGGUUUUGUAAAACCAAAAUAGCUGGCGAUGUAAAUAAGGGUCAUUGAUUUUCGGUACUAGUUUGAUGAUUUUUAUAGGAAAACCUUGGUUUUUAAUGACUGCCUUACAUAGCCUAGGCAUUAAAGCAAUUAGGUCCUGACAUUUAUUCGGUCUUAUAUUUUCCCAAGCUGCUUUAGCAUCAUCAUCAUCGUGUCGACAACCGGGAUCUGGUCCUAACCUUUUACAACAAGUCUCCCUAAUUCCAAUCGCUAGCUGGCGUCAUUCAAUUGGGCACCUUAAAGCUUCGGGGAUCCUGGUAUAAUAAGCAUUGUCUGUUGCGUUGUCGCCUACCAUAAAAUUUACUACAAAUAACUUUCCGAGCUGGUUCAUCUUCUCUCAAAGGAGCUAGGUGUCCAGUCCACAGGAGUCUACCGAGCUUAUUUUUUUAUCACAAUAUUAGCUUCGUGAUAAAUUACAUAUAUACAGUUCUUGAUUGUAGCUUUUCCGGAAUCGUCCUUCCUCACAUAAAGGACCAACAAUUCUCCGCAAGACCGUUUUCUCCAACGC